UUUUUUAAAGUCGUUAUGACAGGACGGACCAGACCUUAGUGAUUGAAUUAUUUGUUUUAAUGUUUGGUAACCUCGUGAGAGGUUGGCGUGUAUAUAAAACGUCGAUGUGUAUUCGCAAAUCAUCUUGCAAUCGCCACAAACAAAAUGUCAUACUACGAUUCUGAUCUGGUUGGCUAUUAUGAUACAUAUGGCAAUUUCAGACCAUGGAUGACACCAAACUAUGGGUAUCUAUCAAGAAGUUCUGAAAGAAUUAAUAACGACUUACUGUAUGGAAAACGAAUCUACAUCUACAGAGACUAUCCAACUACUUCAAGCUAUACGUCAGAUGUAUAUCGACCGAGCUACUCGCCUACACUUUCACUGCGUCGAGCCCGGUCAUACAGUGGUCUGUAUGAUAAUAGCUCACUUUAUGGAUAUUCAUAUCCACCUUUUGGGGGUCAGAAAGUCGAUAUUUACGAUGACACUGUAUACAGAAGAUAUUACUAGUAGAGAAGACUUAUCAUACAUCGUCGUAGAGAAUCUCUUUCAUCAAUUACUACUUUCAGAAUACUAUUCCAUAUUGUGAUACUUCAUUUACAUUCAUUUAUUUGUAACUAUGCCAUAUAUCUUGUAUUCGACAUUUAUCAGUUUUUGAAUAAAGUUAUCUAAAACUACAGUUUA